AUGUCAACGCGCCAGACCAGGCAGAGCGCUGCUAAGGCAGCCGCUGCCCAAUCUUCUCCUGAUGACAUUGAUGUCCAGGCCUCGUUGAAGAUGAACGGCAACGGGUCUGCUCAUCCCGUCGCGCCGGAAACCUCGGAGUCGGCUGAUGACGAGAACAUUUUCCUCUUCUGGCCCAACAUCAUCGGCUACGCACGCAUCGUCCUCGCCUUCGCUUCGCUCUACUACAUGCCCCUGCACCCGCGCACAUGCUCCGUUCUUUACAGCAUUUCCUGCCUCCUCGAUGCCCUAGAUGGUUACGCUGCGCGUCACUUUAACCAAUCAACUCGAUUCGGCGCCGUCCUCGACAUGGUCACCGAUCGCUGCACGACCUCUUGUCUCCUAGUUUUCCUUUCCUCUGCGUUCCCACGAUGGGCUAUUGUCUUCCAGGGCCUCAUCGCCCUCGACUUUGCCAGCCAUUACAUGCAUAUGUACGCUACUCUUGUUGUUGGUGGUAUUGAUUCGAGCCACAAGAACAUCGACAAGUCUCAGAGCUGGUUGCUCAACUUGUACUACACCAAUAAGAACGUUCUAUUUAGCGUUUGCGCCCUGAACGAGCUCUUUUUCAUCGCCCUCUACCUGCUUUCCUUCUCUUCGCCCCUUCUCUCCCCCCACUUGAUCCAAUCUGUGGAGGACAGUGGCGGUCGCAUCGAGCCUGGAGCCCCUGUCAACAGCUCUCUUCUCCGUCAGAUCUUCCCCGACCCUUUCAGCGCAGCAGCUCUCGAGCUUGCCCGUGCAAACAAGAUGGACUCGUCUGUCCCCUGGGCUCUGGCCGGCAUCAGCUUCCCCAUCAUGGCCAUUAAGCAGAUCCUUAACGUUAUUCAACUUGUCAAGGCAAGCAAGUGGCUUGCCGAGGUCGAUGUGAAGAAUCGCAAGGCCAAGGGCCUUCCCGCGAAGAAGAACGCCUAA